AUGCGUGGGAUUUUAAAACUAGUUCGGAGAUUAAAAGCGGUAAUAUUUCGAUUGAAUGAAGAGCAAUUUCGAAGCAAUGUUCAUCAGUUGAAAGAAGAAGAUACUUCUGAUUAUUACAUCACAAGUUUCUUUCACAUUCCUUUGAAUCAGAAAUUACGUAACAAAGGUUUUUCUUGUGAUAAUGGUGUAACUGUUAUUAAAUUGGACUGGAUUUGUGACGAUAUUCAAGAUUGCUACGACAAUACAGAUGAGGAGGGGUGUGAUUUAAGCAGCUAUUCGUUUAGCAGCUAUUCGUUUAGCAGCUAUUCGGAAUGUCCUUACGCUGACUGUGACGAUGGUACCAUCUGCCUACAUGAAUAUGAUAUUUGUGAUAACAUAGCAGACUGUAUAGAUGGACAAGACGAAGCAGAAAGCCUGUGUACACACUGUUGGGCUUGUGAUGGUGGAACACAAUGUAUUGACUUAGAUUUUGUUUGCGAUUCUAUUGCCGAUUGUGACGACAUGACAGAUGAGAACAAUGAUGGGUGUCCACCAGUGGAGGACCGAUGCUGGAAUGGGGCGUUCCUUUGUCAUCAUGGCUAUUUUUGCAUCCCUCGUAGCUGGAUGUGCGAUAAUGAAAAUGACUGUGGUGACAAUUCUGAAGAAAUUAAAUGUCCCGACAAUGACAUGUGGUCAAAUUGGAGCGAAUGGUCAAUCUGCGACGCUGAUUGCGGAUCCGGUAAAAAAACAAGGACUAGAGGCUUGAUCCUCCAAAAUGGAAAGUGCAUCUAGGAAAACACACCAUUGCUAUGAGCAUUGACAAGAACAUUGGUGAAGAUGAUUUUGAUGUGGUGAAUAUCAUCAUUCAUCCUGAAUUUAGUACAAUGACCAUGCGUAAUGACAUCGCAGUACUUGUAAUUGAUCCCGCCGUUCAAGUGCAAGACAACAUCAAUUGGGCCUGUAUAGACAAACAAUUUGUCUUAACAGAAACAUCGUAUUGUUUCGUAACAGGAUGGGGUGUCACAGAAAUGAAUGGUUUCCAAGCUGUUGAACUUCAGCAGGCAGUGGUACCAUUUAUACCUUAUUACAUAUGCAGAUCCCCGCAUGUCUAUGGUAACGUUAUCACUGAAAAUAUGAUCUGCGCUGGUCACCUGUCUGGCGGUAUUGAUGCCUGUCAGGGCGAUUCUGGAGGGCCAUUACAAUGUGAGGGUGAAGAUGGACAUUGGUAUCUAAUGGGCGUGGUAAGCUGGGGACGUGGAUGUGCUCGUGAGAAUAAACCUGGCGUCUACACCAAGGUGUCUGCGUAUGCUGAUUGGAUACUGUCAAUAAUGACAGAGGUUAUAAAUGCAUAGAGUAGCUUGAUGAAUUCUAGUAUUUAAUGACUCAAAUGCUUUAAAAACUGUAUAAUACAAUAGUAUGUUAUAAAAUUGAGUAUAUAUUUAUAUAUUUUGUUGGUUUCACAUGAAAUUAUAAAUCACAGCAGAUUAUGUUUGGAUUAAAUUUAAUGAGCUAACUAAUCCUUUUAGGUAAAAAACUUAUAUCAGAUUAUCUUGUCAUAUCUAAUGCAUGUGUAAGUUUGUAUUCUUAACUCAUUACUAAAUGAAAUGUGGCAGAAAAUACAUUUUUUUCCAAAAGAAUUUCUACCCUAAUGAUCUGUAAUUGGCGUCAGUGGUGUACUUAGGAAUACUGACAAGGAAAGGGGAAUUAAGGU